AUGCCAGGUUUUAAAAUACGAUUCCUCUUAACUAUCAGCACUCUUUUAUCCAUUGUAAAUGCGAAUAAGACGGUAUUUAUUGAUCCAAAUGAUCCUUGGCAAGUAUUUGAAGGAUGGGGAACGAGUUUAAGCUGGUGGGCAAAUGCGCUUGGUGGAUUUCCGGAUAUUAGGAAUCAAUCUGCAGAUUUGGUGUUUGAUAUAUCUAAGGGAUUGGGACUAAAUGUUAUACGAUAUAAUAUCGGUGGAGGAGAUGAUCCAAGUCAUCAUCACAUGAGAAUUGGGGGUGAUGUUCCUGGUUUUUUGCCAUGCAAUAAUUGUGAUUAUAAUUGGACUUCUGAUGCAAAUCAAAGAUGGUUUUUAUUUGCUGCAAAGGAACGUGGUGCUGAUAUUUUUGAGGCAUAUUCCAAUAGUCCUCCAUAUUGGAUGACUAAUAGUGGUUGUUCUUCUGGUGUUUCGUCAAUG